AUGGCUGCCGAACAGGAACUAAAACCAGAACAUUCACGGGUAUUAGAUUGGAUUCUCGCCGCAGCGGACAUCGAUCCUAAUCAUAACGGAUACGAAAGUGUCCAGUUUUCGUCCCAGCACAAGAUUCCCACUACACCUUCACGAGCGUUGAACCGUCUUCGAAUUACAGGCACCCCUGGCAGUUCUCACAAAAGGAAGCGGUCCACAACUGGGACUGGAACCACAAAUCCCGAUGGCGAACAAUCAGUAACGAAGAGACAAUCCCGGGCAUCAAAAGGAACAGAAUUCGAUGCUGGCGAGCAUCUGUACCCUGCAGACAGUGUAUCACAGCUGGAGGAAGAUAUCAACACGCCCCAAUCAUCCAGUCGGACCAAUACAUACAAAACUGCUGCUUCAUCAGGGACACCAAAAUUGGGCAAACUGGGAGUACUUAAACAAAGUACCCCGAAUUUUACAUUUUUGGGUACCUCUGGGAGGGCGGGUUUAGCUGUAAAUGCCGAUAAGGAGAAGGUCCCUGGCGACUUACAAGGAAUUAUCCGUAACUUACGGGCUUCGUUUAGUCUUGUUGGAAUGCUAUGUCCUUGUGUUCAGGGAAUCCUGGCUGAACAGUGGCCCUUUGAACCUUGGGUCGGAGGUACUUUCUCCAGAAAACGAUGUAGCAAUAAACGGAGGCAUGCUCAAGAAGUUGAAUUUGCAAUUCAAGUAACACAGCGGGCAGAAAAUCUACAAUCGAAGCUAACCGAAGAAACCGGAUGGUUGACAAUAACACAAAAUAUUUUGGAAUUCGUUUCUGGACCUGCGCAGGAAUACCACCCUGUGACAGUUGAGCCAGUAACAACAAUAGAUAUGAAUCGGGACAUGCUUCCAGCCGCUAAGAGCACUUCUACCCGUUUGUACUCUCGGCUCCUUGCGGUCGAACCGAGAGGUCCAAGAUCAGUCCCAUUGGUCUCACCAGGACUCUUUCCAGUACGGGCAGAUAUCGCCGUCAAUGUGAAUCUAGAAAACUCGGAUGUAGAAUCGACCAGCAAGAAAAUAACCCACACGUUCGGUGGAUACCCAACACCAUUCACACGUGCCGCCUUUUCACCGAUACUAACUGUUUCAUGCAAAUCACAAGAUGGAAACGGCCUGGAGGCCGAAUUGAAAUCCAUAUUAUGUGCCAGCGCGCUUCUGGAAUCAUGGCAAAAGCUCGGGACUCCCAAAUCUAUGAGCAAAUUCGACCCCUAUGCGCAUUCAGCGUCCGAAAGAUAUCCUUGUAGGCGAAGGCCUAUUACUGUGAAUGGUGUGCCGACAGUCGAAGAAGUUGGUCUAGACCAUGUAUUCGCGCUACAGGUCCUUUCCUACAUGUGGUCAUUCAGUGUAGUCUUUACCGAACCGGCAGACCGGGCUGAUAAAACCACACCUCAACCCCGGACAGUAUUAGGCCCCUUCCAUAUCGGGGAUAUUAGAACUCCAACAGGUGUAUAUGCAGUCCUUCGGUUCCUGGACAAGCUAUUCGAAUACAAAAUCUCAGUCUGGCUACCUGGAAUGCUGGAACGAGAGGUCUCUUAA